AUGAGUAAUGCUUUCCGGGUGCCAUACACAGCCACAGAAUGGAAUCGCGUGCGCACAUUAUUCCAAAGCGGAGAUGUAGAAGAGUUAAAAGAAUGUCUAGCUAUCCUUUCUAUGUGGAGAAGCAGAAUGGGCAACAGCAUACCCGUAGCUAUAUCGUGCUCGGACUUGAUAGUGCGGCUUGCAAUAGCUGAGCUACAAAUUGAAGAAGAAGCUAAUCAGUGGAUGAAAAUGGAGGAAUUGAAAAUGCAACAUUGUAUAGGUAUCAUCAGGUUCAUCAAUUAUGUUAACGAGAUUUGUCAAAGCCAGAGUCAACGCCAUACAUCCAUAAUCAAAGCAGUUCAACAUCUUGGCAUACCAACAUGGCUCGUGGAAAUUCGACACAACGCGUCACAUUCCCACGUGCCUCCGAUAGGAACACUUCGAAAAGCGUUUCAUUUUUGUCGUCAAUGGCUAUGGGACAAUUUUUGGAGUCGACAACCGUAUGAAGCCAUGCGAUCGGCCGGAGUUGUCGAGAAUCAUAAUGAUAUGGUGGCAGCAGAAGCAGAACUCCGUGAUCUGAGGAUUCGUAAUGCUAUCGUGGCUUAUGCAUUGUGGCGAAAUAACAACAACGACGACUCAAAUAACGGAUCAGGCGUACGUCCUGUAGCUGAACUACAUCGAUUUGUUAUGCAAUUACCUUACGAUUUCCUCAGGAUAUUUGUCACCGAUGGAUUCCUGAUCAUGACUGAAGAACAGUUGAAAAGUGCGGAUUUUACGGUGAAGGAGGGUUGGAACAUCCCACUAUCACUGCAGUUAUACUGGAAGCCGGUGUUCAUAAUGAUCUACGAGGCGAAAGUGGUGAACGAACUUAUCAUAAGUUUGCUCAGUCGGAUAACUUUCAGCGAAAAUCCGUUGCAUGAAGAGAAUCAGGUGGUUUCGUGGACCAAGUUUUUCUUAGAGCCGUGUGUUCAAACAAAUAAUGACAUUAUAACACCUUCUGAUUGGUCCAGAAUACUGCACAAAAUGGUAGCUGCUACUGGUUAUUUUGAUGCCGAACUUGUUGAAUCAGUUAUGGCGAAAGUACCAAACCUGACCGAGAAGCGACGCCGUCAAGUACGGCGAAUAAUGGAUAUUUCACUAUCUGAAUCGUUGCGUGGAGUCGAUGAUUCGAUGAGCGUCCGAACUCUGGAGGAUCUUCAAAGGCUCAUUCGAAGGGAUCGAGAUAAUGCUGCAAGCGCUAACGUCCCGUCAUCCAACAAAUUCUCUUUAUGUGAUCCCGAGGAUUGGAUCUCAGUGCCGCUUGGGUUGCUACCGGGCGGAUCCACUGACACUUUAUCAUUGAUACUAGACGAUGACUGGAUGGCAGCUCAAAAGCGUCCAAGACUUGAAACUAUUGAUCUCAGCGUCAUUGAGGAAGAGGAGUGA